CCGGGACAGGGCGUGUUCCUGGUUGGGGGCCGGAUUGCCCUGCGCGGGUGCAUCUCCGCUGCCCCAAGUGGGUCUCCAGGACGCCCGUGGUCCCCACUUCCAGCCGCUUAGGCGCUGCGCCCCGCGAUCAUGUCCAAGUCUCUGAAAAAGUUGGUGGAGGAGAGCAAGGAGAAGAACCAGCCGGAAGUGGACAUGAGCGACCGGGGCAUCUCCAGCUUGCUGGACGUCCACGGCCUGUUCUCCUUGUCCCACAUCACACAACUGGUUCUGAGCCACAACAAGCUCACAACUGUGCCAGCAAACAUCGCAGAACUGAAGAAUUUGGAAGUGCUGAACUUUUUUAAUAACCAGAUCGAGGACCUGCCCACACAGAUUAGCAGCCUUCAGAAGCUCAAACACCUGAACCUUGGCAUGAAUAGAUUAAACACCUUGCCUCGAGGAUUUGGCUCCCUACCAGCUCUGGAGGUCCUUGAUUUGACUUACAACAACUUGUAUGAAAAGUCUCUUCCUGGAAACUUCUUCUACCUUACCACCCUGCGUGCACUCUAUCUAAGUGACAACGAUUUUGAAACCCUGCCGGCAGAUAUUGGGAAGCUCACAAAGUUGCAGAUACUCAGCCUCAGGGAUAACGACCUGGUCUCGCUGCCAAAGGAAAUCGGGGAGCUUACUCAGCUUAAGGAACUCCACAUUCAGGGGAACCGUCUGACAGUGCUGCCCCCAGAACUCGGAAACUUGGAUUUAACUGGUCAGAAGCAAGUAUUCAAAGCAGAGAACAAUCCCUGGGUUACCCCGAUUGCUGACCAAUUCCAGCUUGGCGUGUCCCAUGUUUUUGAAUACAUCCGUUCUGAAACAUACAAAUACCUCUACGGCAGACAUAUGCAGGCAAACCCAGAACCGCCGAAGAAAAAUAAUGACAAAUCAAAAAAGAUCAGCCGGAAGCCCCUGACAGCCAAGAACAAAUAAGGGGUUGGCACGGGCUGGACAUCUGGUCCCUUCUCAUUAUUCUGUCCUCUGUUGCUGUACCCUGCAAAUAAAUACGAUGUGUGUGGUGUGUUUUUUUUUUUUUUCUUUUCGCUUUCUCUUUCUAGUGCUUAUCACCUUACCUUUUAAACCAUUUUGGUAGGUGGUAGUUUUUUGGUAAGUUCUUAAAACCAUUUCCAUUUGUUUCCUUAAAAUUGCCAAAGAUAGGGCCUCCUUGGUGGCGCAAGGGGUUAAGCAUUGCACUAUGAAGCAAUCCGCAGCCACUGCAGCACGAGUUCGAUCCCCAGCCGGCCAGGGAGCAACCCAUAUGGCGCAGCAGACCUCUCCUGUCUCAUCCGCUGCUCCCCUCAGCAGUGUAUUUCAGUCAGUCUGCCAGUUCUGUUCCCCACUCUGUCUCUGAUGAAUCCUCUCACCACCCUCCACACCUCUGGCCUGUACCCAGCCCUUGAAUGCAUAAAUAAAUAAAUCUUUUUUUAAAAAUUGCCAAAGUAGCAAACAAAGCCCUAAUUCAACUGCAAAUUCCAUAGUGGAUAAGGUUUCAGUGCCUUGAAUAGAUAUUCACAAAGUUGCUUAAUUAAAAUUAUAUAAUCAUUUCAUUGUCACAAUUGACACUUUUCACUCUUCUGUUUAUUCACAUAACUCAUUAUUUUAAAAUAAAAGUAUUCUUGUACCACCAAAAUAUGUUAAUUUAACUUACAAAUGAUUUUAAUAAAAUCUUGAAUUUGUAUCCUGUUGUUUUUUGAAGAGAAUAAAGAAUAGUCUGCUAUUGGAAUACACAUUUUUGUUUACUUUUCCCCCCAAAAUUAUCUUGUCCAAUUUUAUUGUUUGUAGAUGAUAAACUCUGAAACUUUCCAUGAAAGAAAUGCAAAAUUAAAUCAGAGUUAGUUUCUUCUCACAUUGAUUUGUCAGGGUUUUUUUUUUUUUUUUUUUUUUCUUUGAAGACUGUUGCUAAAUUAAGAAGGAGCAGAAAAACAAAUCUCUUGGAGAUUCUGCCAAAGGAUUUUGGAAAGCGGUAUUUCUUAGCUAAAGAACUGGUGACUUCUGCCAGUGACUGGUAGACAGGAGCUGUGAAACGGAGAGAGAAAAAAACUCAAGUAUGUUUCUUGUCACUGUGGAAAAUCUGUUCAUAUCAAAUCGUUCUUCUAAGUGACUUUGAUGAUGCCAAAGAAGUUUUGUAAAUGUGCACCAUCUAUACCACACUCAGUGUAGAAACUACAUUUGCGGAGCCUUUGAGCAACCAAUUAUUGAACGUCCAUGAUAGGCAGAUUUGUUCUUCUCACAGGUGAUAUGUAUAUAAAUGAAAUUAAUCCAAGCAAUAGUUUUGUGCUAACAGGACUGCCACACUGGAACGCCUAGAAACAAGGUGUGUGAAAAUCAACCUGCUCUCAGCCGGUUGUCCUGUGCCUACCGCUGCACCAUCUUUCAGCUUCCCAGUUGAAUUCCCAGGACCGGGAUCACUGGAACUACAAGUCAAAGGCCAAAGUCAAAGCCAAAAGAAAAGAAAAGAAUAAAACACAAAAAUAACCCUGACCUUCCUUAGUAAAUGGACCUUGCAUUUGAAUCAGAGUCCACCUAACAUGUCUACAUUUCUUUAUUCUGAAUAACUUACUGAGGAACAGCCCUGUGGGAAGAGGAAUCCUCAUGUGCCAUCACCUAUUUGGCAAUAAGGUUGAUGUAAUUUUUCAAGGUACACUGUUUGCCUCCACCUGAAUUUUUAAUUGAUUUUUUAGAGUAUGAAAUUGCAGGCGGAAGAACAGAAUCUUCUGUUGUUGAUUGGAAAAACUUAAUCUAACACUAGCAACAAAGCAUUUGUAAAAAUACCACAAUAUAUGCUUAUGAGUAAUUUUUUAAAAAGAUGAACACGCGAGAUAGAAAUAUAGUCAAUAUGCAUAAAUUCACAGGAAGAUAUGUCUCCAAGAAACAUGAAAAAAAAAAGUUGAAACUCAGUAGUAAUCAAAAAAAUACAAAUCAAAACAAAAAAUGAAAAAUACAUAGCAAUGAGAAAUGUGCCAAUAUUUUUAAGGUAGGACUCAGUGCUAGAGGAGUAACAUGAGAUUAAACACAUACUGCUAUCAGAAAUAUAAAUUUCUCUCCAGGACAGUGGUAGCAAUUUGACAUCAUGUAGCAAAACCUUAAAAUUGUAUUCUCUGGCCCAGAAUUUUUAUAUCUAGAAAUCUAUCCUGGGGAAAUUAUUUAAGAUACACAUAAAGAGCUAUAGUGGAAAUUGCCCUUAACAUCAUUGUAGACACAGGAUGGGGAAAAGCCAAACAGUCAUGAAGGGAAGAGUGAGUAAUUGUGAUGUAGCCACAUGAUAAAUUUUUAUGAUGACAUUAAAAAUUGUUGAAUAGUACUUAAGGACAUGGAUAAUCAUAUCACCCAAGUUAAGUAAUAAAGCGAGAUUUUAAAAAAAAAAUAAUUUCAAUUGUGUAAGAGGAAACUUUCUGAUAUGUAUACACAGAAAAAUGGAAAUGGUCUUGGGUUUUAUGGUUGGUAAGUUAUCUCUGGUGAAUCAAGAUUUUAAAAAAAUUAUACAUUUUCUGUACUUUAAAUUUUCUAAAAUGUGCAUGAUGUACUUUUAUAAUCAGAGAAUGUUAAAUGCAUAUAUUUUCAAAAUGAAAUGGAUGGAUUAUGCAAUCUGGAACAUGGGAUUAUAUAUUUCAACCAUAAAAAUUUUAGGUGUGUUUUUAUUAUUUUGUCACUACAGUGGGUUUUCACCUUUCACACUGAUUUUGUUUACUUGGUAUCUGGAUUAACAGAAUACCCACAAUUCAAAAGAUAGCUUUUCUCCCCAGUUUGUUGAGAGAAAAUGCACAUAAAACACUGUGUAUUUUUAAGGUAUACAGCAUAAUGACAUGCCUCUAUGGUAAAAUGGUUACCCCAAUAUGUUUAGUUAAUUCCCAUAAUCUCAUAUAGAUACAAAAAAAGCCAGCUUUUUGCUCAUGUUGAGAUUCUUGGGUAUACCCUCAACAACUUUCAAAUGUACCAGACCACAGUGUUGCCUGUAGUACAGACAGGCAGUGCUGAAACUGCAAGACAGUGGUCAAAAAAUCUUGGGGGGAAUGGAUGUUUCCAUAUCUUGGUUAUUGUAAAUAACAUUGGGUUUUCUUUUCCUUUAGAUAUCCCCAGAAGGGGGAUUGCUGGAUCAUGUAGUGGUUCCAUUUUAAAUUUUUUGAGGAACCCCCUUACUCUUCUAUAAUGAUGUGCCGAUUUAUAUUUUCAGCAGCAGUGCACAAGGGUUCCCUUCCUCCACAUCCUGGCCAGCAUUUGUUGCCAUUUGCCAUCUUGAUACCAGCCGUUCUGAGAGAUUCAUUGUGGUUUGGAUUUGUAUUUCCCUUAUGAUUGGUGAUGUGAAACACCUUUUCAUGAAUAGAUUAGCCAUUUGUAUAUCUUCUUUGGAUAAAAUCUCUACUCAGACACUGCCCAUUUGUAAUUGGGUGUUUUUCUGGGUUGUUUUUUUUUUUGUUUUUUUUUUUUUCUGCUAUUGAGUUGUAUGGGUUCUUUGUAUCAGACACAUGGUUUGCAAAUAUAUUUUGCCAUUCCAUAAGUUGUCUUUUUAUUUUGUUCAUCUUCUGCUAUGCAAGAAGUUUUAGUUUGAUGGAGUCUCUGUAGUAUAUUUUUUGUUCUGUUUCUGGUGUUUUAGGUGUUACAUUAAAAA